AUGUCCGUGAAACCAACAAAAGACGCGUCACCUCCAGAAUCCGAUCUUUUAACAGCACCCAAACCAUCACAAUUCACGUAUCAAGAUUUCUGGGAUUUGAAUGACCCGGCAAAGGCAUAUCUCCUGCCGCUUUCUACCAUUGGAUUAGUGGAUCAAAAUGCAUUUUUUGCCCAAGUGGAGCAGAUACGUUUAGGUUUGUCCGACCAAGAUCCUGUCGUAUGUGCUCAAUGGCAAUCAUUGAUCGCGGUAAGUUACGCGGCUCGUAAAUUCGGAAUUGGGAGAAUGGACAGUAUUAAAUCUGCAAAAGAAAAAUGUCCCAAAUUGAUAGUAGCUCAUGCUGCUGUGUACAAGCGAGGAGAAUCUCAUUGGUCCUAUAUAGAUGGCCUUCCAGAUGCUGCAAAUCACAAGGUUUCUCUUGAUACAUACCGUCGAGAAAGCAGAAAAAUCGUGCGUUUGAUUCAGCAACGGUUUGAUUUAGUUGAAAAGGCCAGUGUGGAUGAGAGUUAUAUUGAUUUUGGAAGGAAAAUAUAUGAGAAAAUGUUGAAGCUAUUCCCCGAAUUAUCCAGGCAACCUGGCGACCCCAGCGAAUAUCUUCCAACAAUACCAGACAAGCUACCGAUAGAAAUACAGUGGGAAGGAGUGGUUAUACCGAGCGAUUCAGAAAUACAAAGAGAUGAUAACGCACAAGAGCAAAUAGGUAAACCUAAAAUCGAAGAUUGGGAUGACAUAUGUCUAAUUGUUGCCUCGAAAGAAAUGUUGAACCUACGCAAGGUAAUUCAUGACGAGCUAGGAUAUACAACAUCUGCGGGACUAGCCCGAAAUAAAUUAAUGGCAAAAUUAGCUGGUGGGUUUAAGAAACCAGAUAAUCAAACAAUAAUCCGAAACUGUGCUCUUAAUAGAUUCCUUACCAAUUUUGAAUUGACUGAUAUUACAGGAAUGGGAGGUAAGUUGGGUGAAAAUUUGAUGUACCGCUUGGAGGUUCCAGCAGAUAAGAACUCAAUUACAUACAUUAGAGAUAAUUAUACUCUUGAAAUGCUACAAGAAGAGAUUAAAGAAGAUCCAGAAUUGGCCUUGAAAAUUUACCAGAUUGUUCGAGGAUUGCGAUCCACGGAGUUAACAAGUUGGAUAGAAUUAAAAUCAAUGACGUCUACGAAAAACUACCUCCCACAGAAGCCAUUGCAAAAUUUAGGAGAGGCGUAUGGUUGGCUUAAGGUGUUUGCAGGGGAUUUAUAUAAUAGAUUGAUAGACCUAGACUAUGAGAACCUAGACUUGCUGAAAUCAAAGUUGUCCAAGAAGGAAAAAGGAAUCAUCAAGAGACCAAAAACUCUUACAAUUGGAAUUCACUCUACCACAGGUAUAAGACAGACAAUGCAAAUGUCGAUUCCAUGCUUCAGGGAUCUUGACCGAUUAAAGGAAAUCAUAGAGGAUGGUGGAUAUAGUCUAUUGAGAGGUUUUUUGGAAUCCGCAACAAACAUAAGUGCCAUGAAUGGUCAGAUCACAAUGAAAGCACUUUAUGAAGGAGAUCCUUAUAAAGUUAAAAUCCUUCCAUUGAGAAACAUGUCAUUAUCGGUUUCCAACUUUACAACACUAAGUGAAAAUGCCCUAAUAGAAUCAUAUGCCACCAAGAACAAUACCAAUACCGCUUCCAGUGAACUAAAACAAAUCAAUGAAUCCAUUAGAUCAAAGAGAGAAUCGACACCACCAGAAGUUACUGCUAAAAACUUAUCCAAAUCGGAUAAGGAGCAUAUUUCCAAAAUGUUUGAAGCUUUCCAGGUAGAACAGUCUGUAUCAUUACACGAACGAGAACGAGAACUGACCGCAAAGCCCAAGGUUAAUCCUGAUAAUAUUUAUAAACUAUUUAAUGACUUUCAUGAACUGACUCAAAAUGCACGGCUCCCAGAUACUGCCAUAAAAAAUAACCAGAAGAGGAAGCAUAACAGCAUUGAUAUCCUACGUAAACUACAGAAGAAGCCCAAACGAAGCUUGCUUGAAGAGUUAAUCGAGUCAAAAUUUUGUCCCAAAUGUAAGAUAGCAGUUGACGAUGCUUUGGAUCAUAAUGACUUUCACAUAGCAAUGGAGCUUUCAGAAAAGCUUAAUGGUAGCAGCAAUUAA